UUGUACACAGUGCGCUCUCGGCUCGCUCCCUCGCUCCCCGCCUGCUCACGCUUCAUUGUUCUCUUAAGUCAGAAGCCCCGCAGCCGGCCGCGGCGGCGCGAGCAGAGCACACGGUCUGCGGGUCCGCCAGCGCGGGUGACCCCGAGCCGCCGCCGGCGCCCGGCCCCGCCCGCCGCGCCUCGUCUGGGACCCACCCGCAGAGGAGGCUGAGCCCGCUGGCGACUCCCCGGAGCUCGCCCACCUCCCAGCGCCCCGGAGCGCAGGCAAAAGGGGAAGAAAGAUUCCUCUCUUUGGUCGCCACUCUUUCUUGCUCUCUCCAAGAAUUUGUUUAAGGAGACGCUGCAGGAAAAAGACAUCUUCUUGAAUCCUCUGUCGGGGCGGGGUCUACCGCUGCCCUGCGGUGCAGCCUCGGCGACACUACCCUCCACUAGGACCCCUGACCAGCGGGGUCACGUCCGAGAGACGGAUCAUGAAGCGCUCGGUGGCUGCUUGGCUCCUGGUUGGGCUCAGCCUUGGUGUCCCUCAGUUCUGCAAAGGUGAUAUUUGUGAUCACAAUCCAUGUGAAAAUGGAGGUAUCUGUGUGUCAGGAUUGUCUGAUGAUUCCUUUUCCUGCGAGUGCCCAGAUGGCUUCACAGAUCCCAAUUGUUCUAGUGUUGUGGAGGUUGCAUCAGAUGAGGAGCCAGCUUCAGCAGGUCCCUGCACUCCUAAUCCGUGCCAUAAUGGAGGAACCUGUGAAAUAAGUGAAGCAUACCGAGGGGAUACAUUCAUAGGCUAUGUCUGUAAAUGUCCCCGAGGAUUUAAUGGGAUUCACUGUCAGCACAAUAUUAAUGAAUGUGAAGCUGAGCCUUGCAAAAAUGGUGGAAUAUGCACAGACCUUGUUGCUAACUAUUCCUGUGAGUGCCCAGGAGAAUUCAUGGGAAGAAAUUGUCAAUACAAAUGCUCGGGCCCAUUGGGAAUUGAAGGUGGAAUCAUUUCAAAUCAGCAAAUCACAGCUUCAUCUACCCACCGAGCUCUUUUUGGACUCCAGAAAUGGUAUCCCUACUAUGCACGUCUUAAUAAGAAGGGGCUUAUAAAUGCCUGGACAGCUGCAGAAAAUGACAGAUGGCCAUGGAUUCAGAUAAAUUUACAAAGAAAAAUGAGAGUUACUGGUGUGAUUACUCAAGGAGCCAAGAGGAUUGGAAGCCCAGAGUAUACAAAAUCCUACAAAAUUGCCUAUAGUAAUGAUGGAAAGACUUGGGCAAUGUACACAGUGAAAGGCACCAAUGAGGAUAUGGUGUUCCGUGGAAAUGUUGAUAACAACACACCCUAUGCUAACUCUUUCACGCCCCCCAUAAAAGCUCAGUAUGUGAGACUCUAUCCCCAAGUUUGUCGAAGACACUGCACUUUGAGAAUGGAGCUUCUUGGAUGUGAACUGUCAGGCUGUUCUGAGCCUCUGGGGAUGAAAUCAGGACACAUACAGGACUAUCAGAUCACUGCUUCCAGCAUCUUCAGAACUCUCAAUAUGGACAUGUUCACUUGGGAACCAAGGAAAGCUCGGCUGGACAAGCAGGGCAAAGUGAAUGCCUGGACCUCCGGCCACAAUGACCAGUCACAAUGGUUACAGGUGGAUCUUCUGGUCCCUACCAAAGUGACUGGCAUUAUUACACAAGGAGCUAAAGAUUUUGGUCAUGUGCAGUUUGUAGGCUCCUACAAACUAGCUUACAGCAAUGAUGGGGAACACUGGAGAGUAUACCAGGAUGAAAAGCAAAGAAAAGAUAAGGUUUUCCAGGGCAAUUUUGACAAUGAUACCCACAGAAAAAACGUCAUCGACCCUCCUAUCUAUGCACGGCACAUAAGGAUCCUUCCUUGGUCCUGGUAUGGGAGGAUCACGCUGCGGUCUGAGCUGCUGGGCUGCACAGAGGAGGAGUGAGGAGAUCCCACAGCCCACAACCCUCCUCCCUAUUUCCCUAAAAGUAUCUCCACGGAAUGAACUCUGCAAAGUCUAUCGGAAACUGAAUGGAAUUUUUCAUGAAAUUACGGUAGGCCAUUAACUGUCUUCUUAAGGAGGUCUAAGCCUGCCUUUUCAAAGGUUUAAUUUGAUUUUUAUCAUUUAAAUUUCUUAAGCAACAUCACAUUAGCUGUGAAUUACUUUUCGCAUUGUUUUCUGACUUCUUCAUACUGGUUGAAAUAUAUUAGGCAAAGAAAGUAGCACUCUUGAUAGCAAGGGUAAAAAAAUCUCAUAGUUAUCAAAUAAAAGCAAGAGUUGUUAGAGCUUUCAUAAUCAAUACUCAACUUAUUCUUAUAAAAAGAAUACUGCAAUGUUAGCAAUAAGUUUUUUUUCCCUUCUGUAAUGAAUCUAUAUUAUCCUAAUUAUUUCCCUGUGCCUGACAAACACUGUCAGAGUUUAUAACCAAAAUUUGAAGAAGAAUCUGUAACAUGCAAUACUAACUGAAAUUAUAAUUCUCAUCUUACUUCUCUAAUCAGAGAUUAUGUGAUCUUUCUCUUAGUGCUAUUCUAUAUAUUAUAUAUUGCCUGAAUAAGUCCAUACUUUUCCCAAUUGACUUUUGUCCUAUUACUUGCCUAAAAGAAGUAUCAUGUUUGUGUGUGUGUGUGUGUGUGUGUGUGUAUAUACACACGCACAUAUAUAUACACAUAUAUAUGAAACAUGAUUAUCAGUAGAUUGAGCAUAUUUAGUAUCAGUAGAUUGAAUCUGCAAUUCUCUUGUUUUUGAAGGAAGCUAUAACUAUGUAAUCUCUAAAUAUUUCCUUUAUAAAGACCUCAAUACUACCAUUUUGCAAAAUUAACAACAAAAUCACAUUAUGUUUCUUUAAGACAAAAUUUAAAUCUUUGUUUUGAUGGUAUUUCCAUAGCCUUUACUUUAAAAUAAUAGAAAAAUUGUUUGUCUACUUUUUUUUUAGCAAAUAUUGACAUAGUGCUGCAUAACUUGGCCAAGCAUAUUCAUCAUUUCUUUGUUCAUCUCUGUACUUCCUGUGAAACUAGAAUUUCAUUGAGGUUUGAAAUUAGUGGUGGUUUCUCAGGAAAGCACAGUGCAUAGACAUUUGUGAGAAGAGAAGUGUUUACUAAUGACAAAAACCAUUUUCAGGGUGAAAAUUGAUUUCUGUCUAUUUUGCUUCAAAGGUCCUGAAAAAAUAAUAAGCAGUUAUCAUAAUGAUUUGUUAUUGAUAAUGAGGUUUCAUUGCCAUUCUCUCAAAUUAAGGCUCACACUGCCUCCAUGAAAGUCCUCAACAUCUAAUUUAUAAGCUUUACAAGUAUUUGUUUUAUAAGGCUUAGACACAGAAUUACUGGGGUUUUAAAUUGUGUCCUGAAAAAGAAAGUAUGGUAUGUGUACAAAACAUUGACGUCCUGUGCAACACUGCUAAGUUCUUUUUUCCUUAUUAUUUGUGCUGCAUAACAGAAGCCACUAGAAUGUUGUUACUGUCUUGUCUGUCCAUGUGUUAACAGCAUUUCUUGAUGAUGUAUAUAUGGAGUGGUCUUCAAUCAUAGUGAAUUUAAAGAGAAAGUCAAUCAAUCAUAAUGGCAUUUUUAAUAAGAGCAAAAUUAGGACUGGCUGGCCACGUAUUUGUCCUAUGCCCACAUGCUUUCUACUUCAGGCUCUUAUUAUAAAAUUGUUGAUUUGAAGCAUCUGAAAUGGUGAUCAGUUUUUAGCAUCUUUCUUUCAAAAACAAAAUUGCCAUGCCAUCAAUAUCAUCUUUUUAAGAUAACUUUAAAUUAGGAAUUUAAGUAUUUUUAAUUUGCUAAAUUUUAAGGUCAUGUUACAAAUAAUUGCUUAGGUCCCAAGCUAUACACACACUCACUAUGUAGCCAAUGGCCCUUAUUUCUUUAAAGAUUUACUGUCCCACCAAAUUUCUAGCCAUUUUCUCUUGCAGGUUAUGCACAAUUCUUGAUUCUUUUCAGAGUCCUUAAAAUUAUGAGUAAUUUUUUGUAAUGAUUUACUUUCUCAAAAUUAUUCAUGGAUUCUUAUGAUGUUUGUUUUAAUUUUAUUUUACUGGUAGUUUUUUUAAAAAAAAAUUUUCAAAGGGAGUUUGUUAAAAUUUUGUUACCUUUUAGAAAUACAUACAAAUGGCUUUCUGUUGCUUGUGCAUUUUCUCUCUGCUCUAUAUGUUUUUCACCAACAUGACAUAUCGUGGGAUAUCUCUUUAUCCCAUGAUGCCCCAAAUUAAUGACAACAAAGGGAUUCCCACAUGUGGAAAUGUUAAUAAUUAUUGUGAAAUAGUAUGUAGCUUUUGUGUCAUUUGUAUCAAUGACAAAGUGAAGCAAAUUUAUUUAAAUUCACAGUAAAACAAGGAAACUCUCAUAAAAACAAGGCACAGAAGAAUCACCUAGCCUUCACCAUAUUAAGUAACUAUAAUAUGCUAAUUUUAUAAUCUAUGAAAUUACAAUUUUAAACAUAUCCAGUUUAUCUAUGUCUUAUUAAAAGCAUUUAUCAUAAUCACUAAUUCUAAUUUUAGGGUUGACUUUCUCUUUCUGAAUGGCUUCAUAAGGGUUUAUGUGAAUUUUGAAGACUUAAGGUACUAGUCAACAAAUUAUGAAAUAUAAUAUUCACUGCUGGCAUCUGAUGUGUCAGUAAGUACAGAAAUAACAAAGACACAACCUUUGCAAACUUUCAAGCUGUGUAAUACUCUAAUGUUGGUUUUUUUCUUUGUAUAUAUACUUAAAUCAUGUAGGAUGUUGUAAAAUCAGUAUGACCUUGUCUAGUCUUCAAAGUUAAAAUAAACUUUUGAAAAUCUGGGAUACUUUACUUUUGAAGCAGUUGUAAUCAAACACAUUUGUAAGAACACACAAAUUGUCUGAAUGUCAAUACCCACUACUCCUCUUAACUACAUGCUGGUUUACUUUUUCUUUAUACAGAAAAAUGAAACAAGCACAGAAAAAAAAAAAAGGAA